AUGAAUCCGGACUCGAAGCCAUGCUCUCAAAGCACCCACUUCUGGCUUCGGGAUCAUGGCAUGCUUGUUUUCGAAGUACAACAUGUCCUCUUCCGAGUCCACGCGUAUUUCCUCCAUCGCGACUCACCUGUGCUCCGCGACAUGGCGCCAGUCGAGAUAUCAGCCACCGGGCCGGAGCCCGUCUUCCACCUUGAUGGCGUCAAGAGCAAAGACUUCGAGCAUCUCCUCUGGCUCUACUACAAUCCAUUGAUUACCAACUACACUGCCCCCAAGACUACUUGGCAAGCGAUUCUCAGGCUUGCAGAUCGGUUCGAGAUGGACAAUAUCAAGAAGAUUGCCCUGCGAAAUCUGCUCGUUGCGCCUGAUGUUGAUCCUUUCGAGACAAUCAUGUUGUGCGAACGCGAAGACAUGGCGCGCGCCCAGGCUGAGGAAGCUUACAUCGCAAUUUUGACACGAAAUGCGCCUUUGAGUGCAGAAGAAAUCAAGGUGUGGGGGUUGACUGCAGAGGUGAUCGCGAUUAUCACACAAGCACGGGAGGAGGUAAUCAAGCUCAGGAAUAGGGCAGAGGAAGGCGUUAGGGACCUUGUCAAGGCUGCGUUGAAGAACAACAGCAAGAUGCCAGAGUGA